GCAGCCAAGGCGCACACUUCCACCACACACCGCGUGCUUUACGAGAGCAGAGAACCAGAGGGGAACUCGUGCUUAGCUUUCCUGUAGCUUCGUUUGCACCAUCCAUGGCCGAUCCAGCCGAGGAGACCGUCGCCGCGCCCCCGCCGACCCCGGCAGUGCCCGCCGAGGGCGCCCCGCCGCUAUCGGCGGAGCCGCCGGCUAGCACCGACGCCUCGCCGGAGAAGGCGGCCCCGCCUGCGCCUGCGCCGGACACGACGGUCAGGUCCCGGGGGUUCAGGCUGCUCGGCGAGGACACCUCCGUGCACAAGGUGCUCGGUGGCGGUAAAACUGCUGAUGUACUGUUAUGGAAGGACAAGAAAACAACUGCUGUAGUGAUCGGUGGCACAACUGUCAUAUGGGUUCUAUUUGAAGUGCUUGAUUACCACCUCUUAACUCUGUUAUCCCAUGUGAUGAUUGGUGUGCUGGCCAUCUUGUUCGUGUGGUCCAAAGCUAUGACCUUCAUCAAGAAGAGUCCGCCGGAUAUUCCUGUGGUUGAGAUACCUGAAGACCUCGCUUUGAAUGUAUCGCGGGCAUUACGCAACGAUGUCAAUAGAUCACUUCACUUGUUGCGGGAGAUUGCAAUGGGGCAUGAUCUGAAGAAAUUCCUUGGAGUGAUUGCUGGUCUCUGGGUUCUGUCAGAAGUUGGAAGCUGCUGUGAUUUCCUCACCUUGAUAUAUAUUGCGGUCCUGAUGAUCCACACGGUGCCGAUCUUGUACGACAAGUACCAGGACAAGGUGGACCACUUCGCCGGAAAGGCCCAUACCGAGGCGUGCAAGCACUACCAGGUGCUGGACCAGAAGGUUCUGAGCAAGAUACCCCGAGGACCGGCGAAAACCAAGAAGACCUAGAAUGCUGGGUGUCUCGUGAGUGCAUGCUGGGUCGGGUUCGUGGUUCCGUGAUCGAUAUGCGUAAUGCGACGAGACGUCAGGUCUUGCCUUCUGCUCAGCAUUGUAUUAGCUAUUUGUAUAUGCAACUCUGAAACCUUCGAACUGCUACCUUUCUACUACCGCAGUCGCUUGUAGAUACCUGUCCUGUCACCUGUUUGUACGUGCGGCAGAUGUGUUCUCGUGUGGAUGUUCUUAGUGAAAACCUGAAUGGAUGUUCUUGAAGGAAAAUAACCUGCUGAAUGCGACCAGUUACAGUACUA